UUCAGUGUGUUUUGAUGGCAAGCAUCAAAGAUGAAGACACUCUUAUAAGAGACAUGGCUGAAAGAAUGAUGAUCAAGUUUGAGAAGUAUUGGAGUGAUUAUAGUGUGGUUCUUGCUCUAGGAGCGGUUCUUGACCCAAGGAUUAAGCUUACCUAUUUGGAAUACAUGUAUGAAAAAGUUGAUCCACUUACCUCAACAAUUAAAACAAAUGAAAUCAAGCAUAAAUUGUACACUCUCUUUGAGAUAUAUCGUCGCCUUCAUACUUCGUCUUCUACAACCUCUCAAACUCCAUCUUCCAUCACUAGAGGGGAAUCAAGUUCACACGCGUUGACUAAAAGUUUGUUCAAUGAUUUGAAAGCACACAAACAACAACUUGCAACAGAGACCGGAAAGUCUCAACUUGAUGUUUAUUUGGAUGAGGCAAGUGUGGAUUUAAGUUAUCAAAAUUUUGAUGACUUGAAUGUUCUUCAAUGGUGGAAGGAGAAUUGGAAUAGGUUUAAAGAGUUAUCUUUAUUGGCUCGUGAUUUGUUAGGCAUCCCUAUUACUACUGUUGCAUAUGAAUCUGCUUUCAGUAUUGGUUCGAUCAUUCUAAACAAAUAUAGAAGUCGCUUGUUGUCGAAGAAUGUAGAGGCAUUGAUUUGUACUCGCAGUUGGCUUCACGGUUUCAACAGUUUUGGUACAUAAUCAAAUAUUAAAGUUUCUUUUAAUACUUUGUGAUUCUUAUAAUUUUGUUACUUACACUUAAAUUUUUUUAUAGAUGUA